UGUCUCUCUAAUCUUUCCGAUAGAGCUUAACGACUGAUAGACGCAUAUGUUGUUCUCGUGGACGGAUUCAAUAUUUAUCUUUAUUACGUUUUGAUAAAUAUCUUGAUUAUCAAAGAAUUUUCUUUUUAUUUGUUUCGCCAGGUUUAAAUUUACGAUGAGUAAUAUUCAAUCUACUAAUGUUAGAACAAAGAGACGUCGAGAAGCACAAUGUUAUGAAAGUCCAUUGAACGGUUCUUUCGUGGAAAGCAGGAAAGAUUGUAGGCACGAUGGUAAACUUAUCGACCUUUUUAAUGGAGAGAAGAGAUUGACUCGUGGGAUGUUGCGAAAGUUGAAAGAACAAAGUGCAAUCUCCUUAAGAAGAAAAUCUUCGCGAAACAGUGUAAUCAUUAUAAAUGACAGUGAAACUAGUGGAGAAGAUGAAGAAAGCGCUUCUUCACUCAGUGUCAUUGAAUGCAGUCCGAUUACGCCAUCCUUGUCUUGGCAGCAAAAAUCUAGAACAAAAGAAUUGCAAAACUCUGUUAGGCAAAACAGAGAAAAAUUAUCAAAUUUAUUCGCUAGAAAAACAUCAAAUGCAUAUUCUUCGACGGAUGGUGAGAAUAUAGCACCAUUGCAAACAGAGGACGAUGUAAUUGAAUUAUGGUCUUCUCUCAAAUAUUCCUCAAGCUUGAAUAAGGGAAAUAAUUCUAGAAAUAAAAAGAAGGAAAAUACGUAUUCUCAAAAUAAAUCAAAUAAAGAAGUAAAUUUUGUGAUAGAUACAAGGCCAAAUCUGAAGAAUCUAGAAUUACUAAAGGCAGAUACAGAAUCUGCAGCGAAGAGACGAAAACUGUGUCACAAUUUUAAUGAACUUACAUUGUCACCAAACAAAAGUCGAAAAAAGCAUAAUACCAAUAACAAAAAUUCAGGUUGCAUACGAUCCAGUACACGGUCUAAUGCGCAAUUCUGCGAAGAAGAAAGAAGUACAAUUGUAUCUGAUGAACAAAGUAGUCGAGAUUCAAGUCAUAAAUUAAGAGAAAUAAUUGUUGAUGGAUGCAAUGUUGCAAUGGCUCAAACAAAUCAUCGCACAUUCUCACUUAAAGGCAUCAAAUUAGUGGUAGAUUAUUUUACAACAAGAGGUCAUAUUGUCAAAGUUUUCUUACCACAAUAUAUACGAAAAAGAGAAUAUAUAUUACUUGAAAAUUGGUAUAAAAAUGGUAUAGUUGUUUUUACACCUAGUCGCAAAAUUGCUGGCAGACAAAUUACGCCUCAUGAUGACAGAUACAUUUUGGAAUACGCAACAGCAUGCGGAGGAAUAGUAGUUUCUACAGAUCAGUUUAGAGAUUGGUAUAAGGAAAAGCCAGAAUGGCGCGAUACAAUAUUAAAUCGUUUAUUGGCGCCAACUUUUGUUGGGGAUUAUGUCAUGUUUCCAGAAGAUCCAUUAGGUAGGUUUGGACCCAAUCUCGAUAAAUUUUUGCGAUUUUGAUGGAAUAUAAUCUUUGUUGUAAUAUGUAUUCUGAGUAAGGUAAGUUAACAAUACUGGACUAAUCACUGUCCUGUUAUUAAAAAGAAAUUAAACAUUUGAUAUUGUAAAUUUUAAUCUCAAAAAUUUACUCUAUUUUUCUUUAUGCUUGCUCAAUAUACAUAUCUUUUUACCCUGAGAAAUGAAUUAUUAUAAUGAUUAUUUACUUUUUAUAUUAUCCAUAUUAUGAGAUGUAAAUUGAAAUUUAGAAGCAGGAAGAAUUAUAGAUAGAGAUGAGAUUAAGUUGUUUUCUGAAGCACAUAAAUAAAACAUUGAGAGAGAUGUAUAUAUGUUAUUUAUAUUUUCAUAAUUAAAUGUAUUUAUAUAUCAAGCAUAGUUUUAUAAUAUAUUAUACUAUUAUAAAAAAUAGUUUACUUUCUAUCAAAACAUAUUGUGUUAAUUACUACAAAACACAUGUACAAAACAAUUGUGAAAAAAAAUUAUAAAUCUUAUUAUAAGUCAUAUAUUUACAGUUUCUUCGCAGCCUUUUUUUUGUAAGAAAUAUAAAAAAUACAUAUACGUACAAAAUCAAGUGCAUAGAAAAAAGCGAGAAAAUAAAUACACAGAGUUGGCAUUACAA